UAUGUAGGUAGGUGCAUGGGUGCAGAGAUCUCGACAGCAACAACUCAACCUUGGAAGUCACGUGGACAAAGCUUUAGGGUUCUACAGUGUGGGGUUUCCUUCCCACAUUCGGUUAUUUGCCAGGUGCUUUCUUUUUUUUUCGUUUUGCAGCCCACAGCUUUGUGCGCUACUGCACCACUGAAAAAAAAAAGUUCAGCUUUUCUCAAUCCCUCUCAAUUCCUAAUAUUUUCUUUAAUCCUCCCACCCACGACCUUUCGAUUGACUUCUUCCUACAACACCAAAGGAUCAAUCGAAAAUGUCGCACCGUAAGUUCGAGGCUCCCCGUCACGGCUCUCUUGCCUUCCUGCCGCGCAAGCGUGCUGCCCGUCAUCGCGGCAAGGUAAAGUCCUUCCCUAAGGAUGACCCUAAGAAGCCCGUCCACCUCACUGCCGCCUUGGGCUACAAGGCUGGUAUGACCACGAUCGUUCGUGAUCUCGACCGACCCGGCGCGAAGUCGCACAAGAAGGAAAUCGUGGAAGCUGUUUCCAUUAUUGAUACUCCACCUAUGAUCGUUGUUGGUCUUGUGGGCUACAUCGAGACUCCCCGCGGUCUCCGAUCUCUCACCACCAUCUGGGCCGAGCACUUGAGCGACGAAGUUAAGCGACGAUUCUACAAGAACUGGUACAAGAGCAAGAAGAAGGCUUUCACCAAGUACGCUAAGAAGCACUCCGAGAGCAGCGGCUCCUCUAUCACUCGCGAGCUCGAGCGCAUCAAGAAGUAUUGCACCGUCGUCCGUGUCCUCGCCCACACCCAGAUCCGAAAGACCCCUUUGAAGCAGAAGAAGGCCCACCUUAUGGAAAUCCAGGUCAACGGUGGUUCCGUCGCUGACAAGGUCGACUUUGGCCACGGUCUAUUCGAGAAGCCCGUCAGCAUCGACACCAUCUUCGAACAGGAUGAGAUGAUCGACGUCAUCGCCGUCACCAAGGGUCACGGUUUCAACGGUGUUACUGCCCGUUGGGGUACCAAGAAGCUCCCGCGUAAGACCCACAAGGGUCUCCGAAAGGUUGCUUGCAUCGGUGCCUGGCAUCCUUCCCACGUCCAGUGGACCGUUGCCCGUGCUGGUCAGCAGGGUUACCACCACCGUACCUCGGUCAACCACAAGGUUUACCGUAUCGGUAAGGGUGACAACGAGUCCAACGCCUCCACUGAGCAGGACGUUACCAAGAAGACCAUCACUCCUCUGGGUGGCUUCGUCCGAUAUGGUGAGGUCAACAACGACUUCGUCAUGGUCAAGGGUUCCAUCCCUGGUGUCAAGAAGCGUGUCAUGACGCUGCGCAAGUCUAUGUUCACUCACACUUCGCGACGAGCAUUAGAGAAGGUGGAGCUGAAAUGGAUCGACACAUCUUCCGAGUUCGGUCACGGUGCUUUCCAGACACCUGCGGAGAAGAAGCAAUUCCAGGGUACGCUCAAGAAGGACCUCGUCCAAAGUUCGUAGAGAGCUUUGUGUCUCCUUGUAUCACGUCUUCUCGUCUUUGCAUCGGUGUUUCUGGGUCCCUUUUACGGCUGCUAUGAUGGGCAUGGUCUAGGAUUUGCAUUUGAGUCUAAAAGCAGAUAAUGAACAAAUGCAUAAAGCAAAAACAGUAAAAUAUAAACAUCUAUGACUCUCAGUGAUAAUCAUUGCCCAGUACUUCUAGUAACUAUAUAGGUACGUAGUAAGAACACCAAAUCAAAUAUAAA